AUGUUCCGCUUUGUCCUUGCAUCACUCCUUUUGGUCGGUCUAUUCGAUCACAUCUACUCGAUCGACUACUGUACGGCCAACCUGUGCCCGAGCGGAGUACCGAAUGUCGGCUGUAAUCCUCCGCCACAGACAGGAGGCCCCAGCUGCUUCGGACAAUCUCCGGCAGUGGUGCCCAUUACGGCGCAUCUGCAAACAAUCAUCCUUGAGCUGCACAACAGACACCGUUCCCAGAUCGCGUCCGGAGGAGUGAGUCCGUUCUUCCCGGCUCAACGCAUGCCCACCCUGGUCUGGAAUGAUGAGUUGGCCUCACAGGCGGGACACAAUGCACGGUCCUGUGUGUUCCAGCAUGAUGCCUGCCGCAACACGGUAGACUUCGCGUGGGCUGGUCAAAAUCUGGCCAUUAAGCAGUUCUACGGACAGACCCUCACCGUGGAGAGCUUGAUCGAGGAUUCCGUACGCAUGUGGUGGGAAGAGCAUUUCGAUACGUCCACCGCGCACAUCGAUAGCUACCCGAGUAACCAUGUAGGACCCGCUAUUGGACACUUCACGCAAAUGGCAAGCGAUCGUACCUGGGCCGUGGGAUGUGCCAUGCAGAACUGGUUAGAGGAUGGCAUUUGGAUCACGUACUACUUUGUGUGCAACUACUCGUUCACCAACAUCGUUAAUCAGCCGGUGUAUGUACGAGGAACUACUGCCUCGGGAUGUACGACUGGUGUAAACCCGCACUAUUCAGGUCUGUGUUCGGAGAACGAGGUAGUUCAGUCGGUGCCAUGA